GGUUAGGUUUGGUUAUCAGUGUGUCUUUCUUGUAUUAGCUCCUAUUUUCUAAUUUUUUUUUCCUAUACAAUUAAAUAUUCCUUCCUCGCACUUUUCCUCAUCAGGCGAAAGUGUGCCUGAAUUUGAUUCAAACAUAAAUGACAACUAUCAUUGAAAAGUUUCCCUGGCGCAGACUUUAAAAUUCAGUGAUGAGUCAGCCUGAUACUGAUUGUGAUAAGGAUGAAAAUGAAACUGAAGGUGAUGAAAGCUCAGAAGAAGAGGUUGAGCCUAAGCUCAAAUAUGUUCGUAUGGCCAACGAUCUGAAAAAUAUUUUAUUCUCUGAUUCCAUCAGCUGUGUAGCAGUGCACCCAAAGCUCUUAGUUGUUGGAGCAAAUUGGGGAAAGAUUUAUCUCUUGGAUCACCAAGGUAAUAUUGUAUCUAAUAAAGCAUUGAAGAAGCAUUCUGUAGCAGUCAAUCAAAUCAGCAUUGACAUAAGUGGCGAGUUCAUAGCCAGCUGUUCUGAUGAUGGCAAAGUUUUUAUCUGCGGACUGUGUACAUCGGACAGCAAUCAAGAACUCUCUCUGGGGCGCUUGGUCAAAUCAGUUGCAAUAGAUCCAAAUUACUACAAGCUUGGUUCAUAUAGACGCUUCGUCACAGGUGAUGAAAGGCUAGUGUUACAUGAAAGAAUAUUUCUAGCACGGAUAAAUUCUACUGUGAUAGGAGAGGCAGAAGGUGGUGUUCAGAAUAUCAAGUGGAAUGGUCAAUUUAUUGCGUGGGCGAGUGAUCAUGGGGUCAGGGUCUACGACGUCAGUGCUCACACAUCUCUCGGAUUUAUAAAAUGGAACAAAGGCUCAUUGUCAAAGGAUGAAAAUUAUCGCUGCAAUUUAUGUUGGAAAGACAGCAAUACUCUUUUGGUGGGAUGGAUAGAUACUGUCAAAAUUUGUAUCAUUCGGAAGAGGAAAAUGAAUGAAAUGUACUCACAAGAUAUUCCCAAUUACUUAGUAGAACCAGUGUCAACUUUCAAUACGGAUUUCAUCAUAAGUGGCAUAGCUCCGUACGGGUUGCGGGAAUUAGUUGUGCUUGGUUACUCCAAAGAAGUGGACGAUGACGGAAAACCUUUAAGGCCUCAUCUUCAUCUACUAGAACCUCAAGCAGAUGAUUACAUAGAUAUGUAUGCCGAUAAUCUUUCUCUAAGAGGCUAUGUUGAAUAUGCUGCCAACGAUUACAAAUUAGAAAAUUUAUCCGGUGAAAAUUGGUUCAUCAUAGUCAGUCCAAAAGAUAUAAUUAUAGCUAGUUCUUUUGAUGCGGAUGAAAGAGUUGAAUGGUUGAUAGAUCAUUGUAAAUUUGAAGAAGCAAUGACUGCUGUUGAGGAAGCCGGUAGGGACUUAUCUCGGAACAGUCUUCUAAGUGUCGGCAGAAAAUAUCUUGAUCACUUAUUGUUUGCUCAAGAAUAUGAUCAAGCAGCAGAGCUUUGUCACAGAAUUUUUGGGCAAGACAAGCGUCUAUGGCAGGAAGAUGUAUACAAAUUUGCGAGUGUUCAUCAGCUUAGAGCUGUUAGUAGAUACCUACCGCUGAAAGAUAAAAAACUAGAUCCUCAUAUCUAUGAAAUGGUUCUGUACGAAUAUUUGAAGUUGGAUUCUGAGGGAUUUUUGGACAUCGUCAAGGAGUGGUCUCCAGAUUUGUACAAUGUUUCAGCAGUUGUAAAUGCAGUUUUGGAACACCUUCUAGUCAAUUCUAAUAGCAAUGUGCUCCUAGAGGCCCUUGCAAUUUUAUACUCUUACUGUGGGAAGUAUGAUAAAUCUCUAGCCAUGUAUUUGAAAUUAAAACACAAAGGCGUCUUUGCCCUGAUUCAAAAGUACAACCUAUACGAUGCUGUAGUUAACAUGAUAGAGGGCUUAAUGAUGCUAGACACCGACCAGGCCAUCAACUUGUUUAUUGAGAAAGCAAAAACGCCUCCAGAAUCUGUCAUCAAAGCACUUCAAGAUAACCCUCAUUACCUUUUUUUGUACUUGGAUGCGCUUGAAAAACGUGAAAGCAAAGUCUCAAACAAGCAAUACCACGGAAUUCUAGUCAAAUUGUAUGCUAAAUUUGCAAGAGAAAAACUGCUACCACUGCUAAAAAGAUCUGACAACUACCCCAUCCAAGAGGCCCUCAACAUUUGUAAAGAGCGCUCCUACUACCCUGAGCUAGUCUAUCUAUUAGGUCGUAUUGGCAAUUCAAAAGAAGCUUUGCACCUAAUGACCCAGCAGCUAGAAAACAUUGAACAAGCAAUAGUAUUUUGUCAAGAGCAAGAUGACCCCGAUCUUUGGAACGAUUUAAUCCAAGAUUCUCUGCCCAGGCCAGAUUUUUUGACCUUUUUGCUCCAAAAAAUUGGUACUUACAUUGAUCCUACCAUAUUAGUGAAAGAAAUAAAGAACGGUGACAAAAUUCCAGGACUCAAAAACUCCCUAGUCAAAAUGAUGCACGAUUACAAUUUGCAGGUUUCAAUACAAGAUGGCUGCAAAAAAAUCCUGGAUACUGAUUAUUUCAACUUACAUCAGAAGUUCGUAGCAAUGCAGAAAAAAGCCAUUUGCGUUGAUGAUUAUCAUGUUUGUGGAGCAUGCCGGAAAAAUAUUUUAAUGAAAGACUCAACAGGAUCAGAUAACAUCCUAUCAUUUUACUGUCACCAUUUAUUCCAUGAAAAAUGUUUGACAGCGUUCAGUGAAAUUGAGAAAUGCAUCAUUUGUCACAAAUCAUCGUCUCACGUUAACGUUUUGUAAAUUAUCAGAGUUAAUUUUUAUUUUUGUAUCUUGUAUCAUUGUUACGGUCGUUGUAAAUAUGUAAAUUUUUCCUUUCCACCAUUUUUUUUUUUCUAAUGGACUGUUGCUCAUAUAGCUUGUUAAUCUAUUUUUAUACUCUUACAAUCCUCUGAAUGAAAAAUCUAUUUGAAUCGA